AUGGCUGUUCCAACAAAGCAAAAUAAGAAAGCGAGAAAAGUCAGUAGCGCUUUUCCCUUUUGCAGCAAAAUUUCCUUGUACACCCUUCUAAUCUGGAUUGUAAAUUGCUCCAACUCUUGCCAAUAUGAUGGUAAUUCGUACAGUGUUAUGAACAAUAGCCUCGGAAAAGCAUUCGAUUCCAGAGCUCUGAGGUUAUUAGCAGAAGCUGUAGUAUACGAGGAUGAGGUCGAACAAGAUGGACCUGUAGUAUACGAAGAUGAGAUCGAACAAGAUGGACCUGUUAUAUACGAGGAAGAUAUAGAACAGGAUGGACCUGUUGUAUACGAGGAAGAUAUAGAACAGGAUGGACCUGUUGUAUACGAGGAAGAUAUAGAACAGGAUGGACCUGUUGUAUACGAGGAAGAUAUAGAACAGGAUGGACCUGUUGUAUACGAGGAAGAUAUAGAACAGGAUGGACCUGUUGUAUACGAGGAUGAGAUCGAACAAGAUGGAGCUGUAGAAUCCGAGGAUGAGAUCGAACAAGAUGGAGCUGUAGAAUCCGAGGAUGAGAUCGAACAAGAUGGACCUGUAGUAUACGAGGAUGAGGUCGAACAAGAUGGACCUGUAGUAUACGAAGAUGAGAUCGAACAAGAUGGACCUGUUAUAUACGAGGAAGACAUAGAACAGGAUGGACCUGUAGUAUAUGAGGAUGAGAUCGAGCAGGAUGGACCUGUUGUAUAUGAGGAAGAGAUCGAACAGGAUGGACCUGUUGUAUACGAGGAAGAUAUAGAACAGGAUGGACCUGUAGUAUACGAGGAAGUUGCACAGCAAGUUCCAAAGCAAUUAGGGAAAAAAGGGAAAAAGGAAUAUAAGGAUGGUAGAUCCACAUUUGUAGGAGCUAGAGAUAUUAACAAAGAGAAGAGUGAAAUGGAUAGUUAUCGACAGAGAAAAUUAGAUUUCUGGGAACAUUUCGAACCAACAAUAACAGCAAAUUUUGAGGAGGUAUUAAAAAGGUGUAUUUCACGUAAAGCAGGAGAACAAGACGUGGAUGAAUAUUAUUCAGCUGGACUUCCAAAGCUGGGAUGGAAUGCGGAUCCAUAUGGUGUAUUAAAGAAAACAAAGAAAGGGACGGUGCAGGAAGGAUAUAGGAAAAUGCUGGAAAACAAUUUCCGCAAUGUUCCAUACAUAGAUGAUACACAGAAUGAUCAUAAAUCAAACGAACCAUACCUAGAAAGAGAAUACGGACGCGUAGAGUUGGACGCUGAUGCAAAAACAUCAACGAAUUUAAGAAAAGGGGCAGAAAAAAAAAUGAAUAAGAAAAUGUAG